AGUUUAUAAGAACCAGGCAGCAGCACUAUUUUAUGAAGUUUGACUUCAUAGAGCAUCUCUCGUUGUCGACAUUUCACCUGCUACACUGGUAUAUCAUUAUGUUGCUUCAGGAAAUAUAUUCAAGAAGGUGACAUCAAUGAGCAUCCCCAAGAUUAAACCAUCCAUGUUAUUUGACUAUUGAUCCAUGUCAUUGGAAACCUCAUUGUGUAUUUAUCAGGUCUAUCGACUCCUCUUUUUUUUUUUUUUCUUUUUUUGUUCUAAAUGCACUAGGAACAUCUAGACAGAUUGAAACGCCAUACCCAUUUCCUACUCUAAACCUCACCAAGUCACUGCUAUUAGCUUCAACACAAAGUGAUUGGUUAGGAAGAUCAAAAGUAAACCAAAACCCCCAAAAUGGAUUCUCCUAACCAACCCAAGUCUCUCUCCACCAAUCUCUUCUACCUCUUCCUUCUCUUGUCAACAAAUCUCCUCACUCUAUUCAUCUCCUCUACCUUCUACUCUUCCUCUUCCUGCUCUCUCAACCCCAUCUCAAGUACCACCACAUUCACUAAAAGAAGUAGUCGCAGCACUACUGACUCAGAUGGCACAGGAGAUCCUGAUACCCCACAAGCAACAAUAGACCUCCCAUCAGAAUUUCUUGCCUUCUCUUCAGGCCAAGUUCUCCCACUUGGUUUCAACACAAAGUUUGAUUCUGAUACCUUCUAUCCUCCUGUAGGCCAAGCCUGCACUCGGUUUCCUGAUGAACUUAGUCGUUUUAUGUCCUACAAAGUUAAUGGAUCCUGUCCUGAUGAUGAACUAUUUGCACAAAAACUCCUCCUCAAAGGCUGUGAACCUCUCCCUCGCCGCCGUUGCCGCCCUGCUGCUCAGCCUGACUAUGUUGAGCCCUACCCGCUUCCAACUAGUCUUUGGACUACCCCACCCAAUUCUUCAGUUGUGUGGACAGCUUAUACUUGCAAGGACUACACUUGUCUAAUCAACAGAGUGAAAACUCAAAAGGGUUUUGAUGAUUGUAAAGACUGCUUUGAUUUACACGGUAGAGAAAAGAACAGGUGGGCUUCAAGACAAAGCAUUGAAGGGUCACUUGAUUUCACAAUCGAUGAAGUUCUUGCAACAAAGAAACCUGGAACAAUCCGAAUUGGGCUUGACAUUGGUGGUGGUGUGGCUACAUUUGCUGUAAGGAUGAUGGAAAGGAACAUCACAAUUAUAACAACUUCAAUGAACUUGAAUGGUCCCUUCAACAACUUCAUUGCUUCAAGAGGUGUUAUGCCUUUGUACAUUAGCAUAUCACAAAGGCUACCAUUCUUUGACAACACUUUGGACAUUGUUCACUCUAUGCAUGUUUUGAGUAACUGGAUUCCUUCAACUUUGCUUCAUUUCUUGAUGUUUGAUAUCUAUAGAGUGCUUAGGCCUGGCGGGCUGUUUUGGCUUGAUCAUUUCUUCUGCGUGGAAGAUCAAUUUUUGGAUGUUUACAAGCCACUCAUUGAGAGCAUUGGAUUCAUCAAGUUGAAAUGGGUAGUGGGCAAAAAGCUUGAUCGUGGAGCAGAGCUUAGAGAAAUGUACCUCUCAGCUUUGCUAGAGAAGCCAUUGAAGAAUUCUUGGUGAUUUAAAUUUGCUAGUAAUUUAAUUUCUUUAUUAGUCUGUGUUAUUUAAACCUUUUUUUUGUUUAUUUUAUUUUGGAAAAAUUUAAUGAGUGAUCUUACCAGAGCAUGAAUAAUGUGAAUGAUAGAUUUUCUUUUCUUUUUUUGCUUUUAAUUUUAGGAAAUAUAUACUGUAGUUCCGUUUCUUUUUGUCACAAUAGCUAUAUGUUUGGUUAUGCUAACA